AUGGAGGAAAAUUCUCACCUCCGAGGUUUAGUAUUAAAGAAAGAUAAUAAAGCGGUCCCAGAAGUAUCAGCUAAGCAUGUGCCUCUCCUUACGAGUGAUACAAAAGAAAAAGAGAGUGAACAGGUUCUAAAAGAAUCACAACUUUCCACUCUUAACCCUCCACUCUCUCAAAUAUUUUCUGUAGAUAGUGCAAAAGCUGAGUCUUUACUAGCAACUACUCCUACCAUUGCGGAUUGUAGUUGGAAAAAAAAUAUGGAAAAAAAAUAA